AGUUUCUACCACUGCAUUGCACCAAUAAGCGUCCAGAACCUUUUGUGAUGUUUGUGUUUCUGUGGGGGACGAUUAAAGUGUUGCGCCGUCGUAUUAGAGUUAAGUUGAAGUUCGCUAGCGCGCUACACUCAGUAACUUCGUCCAUUUUAUGCGGCCAGAUUUGUUCAUUUUUAAGUCGCUUUGAUUCAAUUUCGUACAUUUAUUCUGUCGGUCGUCUUGUGAGUAAGAGCUUCCAGGCUUGACUGUUAGCGAUGGCGCUGAAAUAUUUACGGACGCCAUUGACACCAAUUUUAGCGGCCUCGUAUAAAAGAAAAAUAUUUGGAGAGUCGGUAAAAGCGAGAUUUUCUUUAACGGCAAAAUCCUUAAGCACUUCAACGGGGGCUGAAGGAGCAGGAACAGCUGCGGGACAGACUGUGGUCACAGAGCGCAGGGGGUCCGUGGUUACUGUGGGGAUAAAUCGCCCUGAGGUGCGUAAUGCGGUGAACCAGGAGACUGCGAGGCGUCUGCUUAAAGAGCUGGAGGCCUUCGACAGUGACCCCGACCUGAAGGUGGCUGUCCUGCAUGGGAAAGGAGGGAAUUUCUGCGCUGGUUAUGAUCUGAAAGAGCUGGCCAAUCACACAACCUCCCUCAAAUUGGAGCAAGAUGUCACCAAGGGUCCUGGUCCGAUGGGCCCGUCCCGUUUGGAGCUAUCGAAGCCGCUGAUAGCAGCGGUGAGUGGCUUCGCCGUGGCUGGAGGGCUGGAGCUGGCGCUGCUGGCGGACCUGAGGGUGGUGGAGGAGAGCGCCGUCAUGGGGGUGUUCUGUCGCAGACUCGGAGUCCCCCUGAUUGACGGCGGCACGGUGCGACUCCCUCGCCUCAUUGGUCUGUCACGAGCCCUCGACCUGAUUCUGACUGGACGGCCAGUCGGGGCGCAGGAGGCUCUUGCCUACGGACUGGCGAACAGAGUCGUCCCCGAUGGCCAAGCUUUAGAGGCGGCCCUGCAGUUAGCCGAGCAGCUCGCCUCCUUCCCUCAGCGGUGUCUUCUGGCCGACCGCUCCUCGGCCGUGUACAGCAGCUACGACGCCGCGUCCUUCACUCAGGCUCUGCAGUAUGAGGUCGACCACGGAGUCCCCGUCAUCCAAUCGGAGGCUGUCGCUGGGGCAACCAGGUUCACCGCUGGAGCAGGAAGAGGAGGAAAAUUCUCGUAGCGUUUAGUUUGCAGAGGCCUCGUGAAGUGUGAUUUGUCAGGUGAUCUAACGCAUCUCGCUGCAUCCACGUCGGACAGUUAAAUUUCCAAACACGUAGCGGAGCUCAGGCUCUGACAGCAGCACUGAACAAACCCGGUUAGCUUCUGCACCGCUGCACGAUUUCGUGUUCAGAUAAAGUCAACUCAUCAGCCACCAUAUUGGCUUAUUAGCUAAUCAUCAAAUUCAGAAGUUGACUUGGUGCAGUUGAGUUGUUUCAAAUACGAGAAGUAAGCAAUGCAAAUUUUGCAUUUUGCAAUAAAGGUUGGUGAGGAUGUGCACUUCGUUCACCCUGGUGUUUAUGUUGUAUUUUAAGGCUUAAUUAUGAUUAUUGAGGUUUGGUGCUGGUUACACAGUGUGUGGUGUUGGGCAAAAAUCAGAAAAAUAUGUUUCUGUGGCGUGAAGGACCGCCUCAAGCUGGGACAACAGGUCAGAAACUGGGCCAAGAGUUUGGUACACGACUUCCUGACUUUGAAUAUGCAACGUAAAUGUGUGCUUGGUGGUCAGAGAGUCUGUUAAUCCCGUGUGUUGCAGAUCAGUUUUUUGCUCACAUGUAAUCUGUAUUGCAGUAUCAGGAUGUGACUGCGAGAUGUAAAGCAAAUGUAACGAUGUGAACGCGAGACAAAAUCACUUUGUAAUCAACAUGUUCUUUCAACACUCUGAGGAAUAAAAUGUGAC